AUGUUCGCCAAGGUCUUUGUCGCCGUCCUUCUCGGCUCGAAUGUCGUUUCGGCUCAGCUCCACAGCCUCGCCGUCGCCGCCGGCCUCGAGUACUUCGGCACCGCCGUUGACGAGCGCCAGGUGAACGACGCCCAGUACCGGUCCUUCGUUGACAACACGGCCGAGUUCGGACAAGUUGUUCCCGAGAACGGCCAGAAGUGGGACAGCACUGAGCGCUCGCAAGGCGUCUUCACCUACACCUCGGGUGACAUUGUCCCCAAUGUUGCCAAGGCCAACAAGCAGAUCUUGCGAUGCCACACUCUCACCUGGCACUCUCAGCUGCCCAACUGGGUUGCCAGCGGCACCUGGACCAGGGCGCAGCUGACGUCCAUCAUCGAGGUGCACAUUGCCAACGUCAUGGCGCACUACCUUGGCCAGUGCCGUCACUGGGACGUUGUCAACGAGGCUGCCGAUGACAGCGGCAACUGGCGCAACAGCAUCUUCUACCAAGUCCUGGGCACCGACUACCUUCCCAUCUCCUUCAACGCUGCCCGCAAGGCUGACCCUGCCACCAAGCUGUACUACAACGACUACAACCUCGAGUACAACGGUGCCAAGACGACCCGCACUCUCGAGGUCGUCAACAUUAUCCAGGCCGCCGGUGCCCCCAUUGAUGGUGUUGGCUUCCAGGGCCACCUGAUCGUCGGCUCGACCCCCGGCCGCAGCGCCCUCGCUACCGUCCUCCGCCGCUUUACCGCCCUCAACGUCGACGUCGCCUUCACCGAGCUCGACAUCCGCCACUCCUCCCUCCCCGCCUCGGCCGACGCCCUCGUCCGUCAGGGCAACGACUAUGCCAACGUCGUCGGCGCCUGCGUCGACGUAGACCGCUGCGUCGGCGUCACCGUCUGGGGCUUCACCGACAAGUACUCCUGGAUCCCCCAGACCUUCAGCGGCCAGGGCGACGCCCUCCUCUACGACGCCAGCUACAACAAGAAGCCCGCGUGGACCUCCGUCUCCUCCGUCCUCCGCGCCGCCGCCACCGGCACCGUCGCGCCCCCCGUCGCCACCACCCUCACCACCGCCACGGCCCCCGCGCCCACCACCACGCGUGCGCCGACGACUACGAGCACGACGUCCCGCGCCUCGGCCACCACCACCGCUGCCGGCGGACCCACGGUCCCCCGCUGGGGCCAGUGCGGCGGCAACGGCUGGUCUGGCUCGACUGUCUGUGCCAGCCCUUACACUUGCCAGAAGCAGAACGACUGGUACUCCCAGUGCCUUUAA